UGGCGGGACGUUUCGGGUUUGAGAUUUUCUGGUGGACCAUGCUGCUCACAAUACAGCGCAGGGGGUCUCAGUCUAUGACUCAUUCUUAUAGCUAUUUUUGUGCUCUGUUCUGAAAGAAAAUUGCCAAGGGAACAUGGAGCAAGGAAGAACAGCUGCUGGGUUACAGAGAAAGAUGUCACAGGACUCGGUGGUCUUUGAGGAUGUGGCUGUGGACUUCACCCAGGAGGAGUGGGCUUUGCUGGAUCUUGCUCAAAGGAAACUCUACAGAGAUGUGAUGCUGGAGAACUUCCAGAACCUGGUGUCACUAGGGUAUCCACUAUGUACACCCCAUCUGAUCUCCCAGUGGAAAGAGGAGGAGGACCUGAAGACAGGGAAGAAAGGUCAUUUCCAGGGGGAGCACCACAAAGGUUUUGAGACUCAGCUUAGAACUAAUCAAACAGUUGUUCCACAAGCUAUUUAUGGAGGAAAAAUACCCAAUGAACAAAAAAUAGGAAGAUUCAAAAGGAGUGAUUCCUGGUCAUCCAUUUUACACAAAAACUGGGAAUACCAUGAUACUGUUUAUCAGAACAAAAAGCAUAAGAGACAUUUGAGUCAUGUGGUGGAGAACAUCUAUGAAUGUAAUGAAGAAAAUCAAUGUGGACAAACUUUCAGCCAAAUUUCACAUCUUAAUAUACUGAAGAAAACCAUUGAUGUAAAAUCCUAUGAAUGCUGUGAAUGUAAACAGGCUUUCACGGAUUCUCUAUCCCUUAAGAAUCACAACAAGUCUCACACAGGAAACAAACCCUAUCAGUGUAAGGAAUGCGGGAAAGCUUUCCACUUUCUCGCUUGUUUUAAGAAGCAUGUGAAAACUCCCACUGAAGAGAAACCCUAUGAAUGUAAGGAAUGUACCAAAGCUUUCAGUUGUUCUUCAUUCUUUAGGGCACAUAUGAAGAUUCACUCUGGAAAGACAAAAUAUGAAUGUAAGGAAUGUGGGAAAACCUUCAGCUGUUCUUCCUCCCUCACAGAACACAAAAGAAUUCAUAGUGGAGAUAAGCCUUAUGAAUGUAAGGAGUGUGGGAAGGCCUUCAGUUGUUCCUCUUCACUCUCCAAACACAAAAGAAUUCAUAGUGGAGAUAAGCCAUAUGAAUGUAAGGAGUGUGGGAAAGCCUUCAGUUCUUCCUCUCACCUUAUAAUACAUAUACGAAUUCAUACUGGAGAGAAGCCUUACGAAUGCAAAGAGUGUGGGAAGGCUUUCAGUGAGUCCUCAAAACUCACCAUCCAUGUCAGAACACAUACGGGAGAGAAACCCUAUAAAUGUAAGGAAUGCGGGAAAGCCUACAACUGUCCCUCCUCCUUAAGUAUCCAUAUGAGGAAACAUACUGGAGAGAAGCCGUAUGAAUGUCUGGAAUGUGGAAAAGCCUUCUAUCUUCCCACCUCCCUUAAUACACAUGUGAAAAAUCAAAGUAGGGAGAAACCCUAUGAAUGUAAAGAAUGUGGAAAAGCCUUCAGUUGUCCCUCGUCCUUCAGAGUACACGUGAGAGAUCACACUGGAAAGAUACAGUAUGAAUGUAAGGAAUGCGGGAAGGCCUUCAGCCGCUCUUCCUCCCUCACUGAACACCUAAGAACUCACAGUGGAGAGAAGCCUUAUGAAUGUAAGGAAUGUGGCAAAGCCUUUAUUAGUUCCUCCCACCUUACUGUACAUAUAAGAACUCAUACUGGGGAGAAACCUUAUGAAUGUAAGAAAUGCGGGAAAGCCUUUAUUUAUCCCUCAGCCCUUCGGAUCCACAUGAGAACACACACUGGGGAGAAACCUUACGAGUGUAAGGAAUGUGGGAAAGCCUUUCGCCAUUCUUCAUAUCUUACUGUGCAUGCAAGAAUGCACACUGGAGAGAAGCCUUUUGAAUGUCUGGAAUGUGGGAAAGCCUUCAGUUGUCCCUCAUCCUUUCGAAGACAUGUAAGAAGCCACACUGGAGAGAAACCCUACGAAUGUAAAGAAUGUGGGAAGGCCUUUGUUUGUCCAGCCUACUUUCGAAGACAUGUGAAAACUCACACUAGAGAAAGCACAUAAAUGUAAGGGAUAUGAGAAUGUGUGCAUUUUCAAAACUUAGGCAACAUGUGAGAUCUUGCAUUGUGGAGACACCCUAUGAAUAUAAGAAAGUGGGAAAUUGUUGCUCAUCAUUUGAAGAGAACUCACAACUGAGUGAAACUCUGAGCACACCACAUGCUUCACAAACAUCACUUUAUGUGUAUAAGAAAGUACAUAGAAGGAAAGUCUGUGGAAGUAAAGAAUGCGGAAAAGCCUUCAGUUGUCCCUUGUCCUUCAGAGUACACAUGAGAGAACACACUGGAAAGAUACAGUAUGAUUGUAAGGAAUGCGGGAAGGCCUUCACCUGCUCUUCCUCCUUCACUGAACACCUAAGAAUUCACAGUGGAGAGAAGCCCUUAAAGUGGUCCGCUGGUUCAUUGAUUUUCAGUGCUUUUUUCCUGAUAUAUUUAAGGUGAUAUAUUUCCCUCCAAUACCUUUUUGGCUCUAGCCAUAUAUGGUUAAUUAUGAAGUACUUGUUCAGAUGUAAGUGUAAUUCCCAUAACAGUGGACACUUUUGGACCUAUGGGGGAUUUGAAGUACAGUUUUUCAUAUGUAGGCAGGAGUAGUCUUUUUGUUUCUAUUUAACUAAUUGUUUCAUAGGUGUGUAGUUUUUGUAGUGCUGAUAUUUUGCUAUUUGUAAUUUCUUUAGUAGGUAAUUUCAUCUGCCAGAUAGCAGAUACUGCAAAUUGCCUAAUAUUUUUCCCCCUUUAUUACUAAGAGGACCUCUCUGGGGUUAUCAGUUUUUUGUUCUUUGUCCCUGCUCAUGGCUAGUAAGUGGGCUAGAUGUUUUGAGUUUAAAAAGAGGCCUUGUGGUGGGAAAGGUAGAAGUAAAGUUGGUUGGCCUGGUUUGUGCGUUAAUUUGGACACGGGAGACUGCAUUUCCCAGGAUCAUUUUCUUAUCCAAUUCCAGAUUAGCCUUGUCUGAAACAAGAGUUUGCAGAGGAAUUGGAAGGCAGAGGAAAGGAAGCCAUUCUUAGUUUAGUGGGGUCAUGAGAUGGGAGAAAGAUGUAUAGGGGCCUGUGGGAUCCAGUCUCCAGCUUGUUUUCCUGAUUAUUAGACCCACCAGUCAAUACUGGCUGAAAACAGCACAUUAAGUGCUUGACUUCAGUUCCCCCAGAGGCAGCAACUGCACAGGCAUAUCCUUGAGUUUCUCCAUCACAGCCAUACACAGCUUCUUAGAUUUUCUGGCAAGUUCUAACACUGUCGUUUGGUAUUACCAUCUCUUUGUCAAAUCAAGUGACUCUGUAGAGUUAACCCCAGUUUGGGCCAGGAUUGUUGUCAUCGACAUAGUAUAGUCCCAUCAUGUCACUCUGUUCAAGGGGAAAGAUGUCUGUGCAAAUGUAUUGUGAUCUCAAAAGCAGGAAGACUGUGAACAGUGAAAGAAAUUAGGUAUAAUUGAGGUAAGCAUCAGACAGGUGUCAUCCUAUUUUAGUGGACAAAUAUUUAUAUUUGAUACCUUCAAACAAGAUUUGACUACUUUUUCAUGUAAGAUGAAAGUUAGUUGGUUUGUGCUGCUUCAGGUAUAUUUAGCUGCACUUUGUUUCUUUCUGUUUUAUUUUCUCUUUUUGUCUAAAAAUACACUUGUACCACUUGCCCUUAAUCACUUUUUACAGUUUUAUGAAGGCAUACAUACACUAUCCAUGUGUACAGUAUGCAUGCAACAUACAUGAAGUACACUAACUGUUAUAGUUUGCAACUCGAUGGAAUGUCACAUAUGUACACACCCUGAUAAGUACUUUUCCAGGACUCCAGGAAGUUCAUUCAUCUGCUUUCUCAAGAACUGUGGCACAGAAGCAACCACAACUUUGGCUUUUGUUACAGUAUUGUUUGCUUAUUCUUUAUUUUCAUAUAGAUACCAAAAUACAGUCUUUACAGUUAAUCUGUUUCUUUUCUCACCAUAAUGUCUGGUUUGCCUUUUAAUUGUUCUUUAGACAGACUUAACACUUAUUUCUCUUGGCAUCCAUUUUGUAUGUAGGAAGGAGAUGACUGAAUCAUAGGGGAGACUUUGUUUAGUUUGGUAAGUAUUCCAGUUUUUCAAAAAAGUUAAUUCCACCUAUAAUCCCAAAAGCAAUGCAUGAAAUUUCCAGUUGUUCCACAUACCUGGCUGGCACCUAAUUUUAGCCAUUGAGCAGAGGAUAUGAUAAUAUCUCAUUAUAGGUUUUAAUUUGCAUUUUACGUGAUACAUAAUGAUGUUAAUAGUUUUUUAUGUGCCUGUUGGAUCCUUGGAUAUUUACUUAUAAGAGGGCACCUGUUGAAGCAUUUCACACAUUUUUGGUUCCUUUGUUAUUUGAAGUGCUUCCUUCUGUUACACAUCCUUUAGUGUAUGUAUGUGUCUAUGUAGUGACAUAUGUAUACAUAUAGAUAUAAAAUGUUAUAAUAUAUAUACAUAAAAUAUCAUGUAUAUUAUAUAUACAUAUAUUGCAGAUAACCUUUCCUAGUCUUUGGCUUGUCUUUUUAUUCUUCAGUUGUAAGCCAAAAUGAAUUUGCUGGUUUGAGUAUUAAAAAGUCCUUCUUGGGUCUCAUUAGCUUCAGGGAAGGCCGGGUCCUGAGGCUGAAAUGUAUCUGCAUGUCUUGGCUGAGCCUCUUCCUGCAUUAGCUAUUUUUCCUGGCAGGAUAUUUCUCCUUACAUGUUUCUCUUUUCAUGUUGAAGUCUCAGGGGGAAGAGAGCAGUGGUCUUUUUGAACAAUUCCAAUAUUAUUAUAGUUGAAUGUGACUGGCUCAGUUGACAACCAUUAUCCAAUCCCUGUGGCCAGAGGAAUGUUUACGACUGGCUGCCAUGUUCACCCAGAAACCAGAGUCUGCACCAGUGGGAUCGUAGAUUCCUGGCCAUUGUGAUGUGUAGAGAGGGGAAGGGCAGCAGUAGGCAGGUGGGAUAUAGAAAUAGAGGUAAUAAUACUGUCAGUUUUGCUUACUUAGCAAUGGGAGGGAACUAUGAAGUCUGCAAAUUCAGCCAAGGCAAAAUAGUUCCAGAAAUCCUUUCAGAAAGGUCAGAAAGGUUAGAUGCUGUCUGUUAACAUUUCUUGAGUUCUCAAGGUGGCUGCUCAAUCAUGAUGUUGAUCUGUAGGGUUUUGGAGAUCUGAUAGUGAAGACUUCCAACUUUUUAAUCCAAGAUUGCCUUACCUUCUUUAUCCCCCAUGUGUUUCUGAAAUGCUGUUUUUAGAAUCUCAUAUCAAUUUUUACAAAUAAAUCUCAGACUAUGCUUAGAAUUGCAUUAACUUUUUAGACAAGCCUGAAUAAAACUGACAUGUUUGUGCUAUUGAGUCUUCCAAUUGAACAUAAUACAACUGUCCAUUUACCUGGAUCAUCUUUAAAUUCUCUUAACAGUGUUUUGUAAUCUUAAUCAUAGAGAUUGAAUACAUUUAUUUAAUUUAUUUCUGGGUGUGUUGUGUGUUUUGCUUUGUACACUUUUUUUCUUGAUUUUUGGUUUAGCACAUAGAAUUGCAAAUUCUCUUUGUACAUUGUAUAUCUUUUAACCAGGGACAUUUAUAAAUCCAAUUAUUUAUUCAAUGGAAUUAUUUUGGAUUUUCUGUAUAUACAGUCCUGUCAAUACAAAUAAAAUCUUGCUUGGUUCCUAAAUUGUUACUUUUCUUCCCUCAUUGCUUUACAGUGAUGAAUAUAAAUGAUGUGAAUGAACAUCUUUGCCCUUUUCCUUAUCUAGGGGAAAGUGUUCUGUAUUUUACCAAUAAGUAUAAUAAUAGCUGUAGGUUUUUCAUAUAUAAUCUGUAUUAAGUGAAAGGAAUUCCAGUCAAUUCCAGGUUGCAACUUUUUUUAUCAUCUACAGAAACUGAAUUUAUCCAAUGCCUUUUCUGCAUGUAUCAGGAUCUAUCUAUCUAUCUAUCUAUCUAUCUACCUAUUUAUUUAAUUUAUUUUGGUAUCGUUAAUGUACAACUACAUGAACAACAUUAUGGUUACUGGACUCCCCCUAUUAUCAAGUCCCCCCCAUAUACCCCAUUACAGUCACUGUUCAUCAGUGUAGUCAGAUGCUAUAGAAUCAUUACUUGUCUUCUCUGUGUUAUGCAUGUAUCAGGAUCUUAAAAGAAAAAAAAUCCUUUAGUCUGUUAAUGUGGUUAGUUACUACUAUCCUUGAUUUUAAAUUGGUAAAGCAUCUUGUGUUCCUGGAAUAAACCACACUUGUACAUGA